AUGAAUUACUCAUCUUCCAUUCCACCACUUAUUGAGACCAUGGUCUUCAAACGUAUGGUACAAAUUGGUCGCGUUGUUUUCAUCGCAAAAGGGAAAGAUGCCGGCAAAAUCGCCACCAUUGUCGAUGUUGUUGAUGGAAACAGGGUUCUGAUUGAUGGCCCCAGCACUGGAGUUAUUCGUUGCGUCCGAAACCUGAAAGAUCUGCAGCUGACGAAAUUUGUUGUUAAUGUUCGUGUCGGACAAAGAACGAAGAAAGUCAAAGAGGCAUUUGAUAGCGCCAAAAUCAGUGAUCAGUUCAAGCAAACUACUUGGGCUAAAAAGAUCGCGCAGAAAAAAAUCGUAAGUACUUCAUGA